UCAAAUUAAUGAUGAUAAUAAAUUCUCUCAAAUUACAGACGAAAACAAUGUAUCUAAAUCUGCAUCGUCUAAUGAGCCUGAACGUUCAAAACAGGGAUCUAACAUAAGUGUUGAUACAAAUUUAGGUAGAGUUCCUCGAAAAGAACAAAGAUAUGUAGUAAGAUCUACAUCUUCACCUCGUUUUACGAAGAAACGUGGUAUAGUUAUUCGUCGCUCAAGUGCCAAGAUUGUGCCAAAACAUGGAUCAGAGACAUCGGAAGAUUAUCAACGUGCACCAAAAACACCGGUUAAAACAGUAGAGAUAUCUAGCGAACUGGACGAAAUAGGUGCCCAAUUUCAAGAAACUCUUACCGAAUUUUCUAAAAGAUACCAAGAUUCAACUGUUGCACUCGCUGAAAAAUCUUACCUUUUGAAAAGAAAUCAAGAAUUAUGGCACACUGUAGCUGCCAAAGAGGAAGAAAUAGAAUAUCUUAAAAAUGAAUUAUGGCAAUCUGGAAUCAAAAUUCAAGGUUAUGAAUCUGAUCUUAAAGAAAUUAUCGAACAACAACAAGAACCUCUUACACUCACUCAGGAAGACUUAAUACGUAUCGAAAGGGAAAUAGAUGAUCAAGAAGUUUUAAUUAGCGGAUAUCAAAGAGAAAACGACAAAUUGGUUGGUGAGAUAAAGAAUUUGACUGAAAGGCUGCGAGUCACCGAAGAAGAACGAGAAAGUCACUAUAAUAAAAUUAAUGAGUUAUAUAAAGAAAUUGAACAAUUGAAGGGAUCUCUGCAUGAACAGGAGACUAAGGAAUUAGUUCCAGAUGGCACUUUGCGACAAAUCGAAGAUAUGAAAAAAGAAAUUGAACGGUUAAAAGAAAAGGAAAUAUCCUAUGAGUAUAAGGAACUUGCUUUGAAGGAAAUGGAUGGAUUAAAAAAAGAAUUGAGCGCACUUAGAGAUAUAGAGAGUGAAUAUAUGCUCAAAGUUCACGAUUUGGAGCAUCAAUUGGCUGGAGCCAAUGAAGAAAUUGAAGAGAUCACACGAUCUAAAACAGAGUCAUUGGAAAAAUUUACCGAAGAUAUGAACAUAAUGAAAUAUACGUACGAAUCACAAAUUGAGAACGUGAAAAAAGAGGCAAUUUCAAAAGAAGGGAAAGAAACUCGCUUCCGUAAACUUCAAAAUGCCCUCGAAAAAAUUGAAACCAUAGCAGGAUCAUAUCCGGAGGUAACUCAAGUAUGUACUGAAUUACGAAGAAUCAAUCUUCUUCCGCCUAAAAAAAGGCGCAAGUCAGCAGCAGAUGUGUCUAAAGACGUAUAUGGAUACAGUACCAAAGAAGCACGAUCAACCCAUUCACCCACAACCAAAA